AUGCCGAUGGUCUUGAGAGUAGUUUCCUACUGCCUCUCUGCUCGAACUGUUAAAGCUCUGUUAGUACCGUGUGCAGAGCUCCCAACCGUACAGUGCACACUGAGCAUCCAGGAGCUAGGAGCAGCUGAAAGAUGUCACAAAAAGGACUUAACGUUACCUUCAGGGGCAGAAAAAAGAAAAAGGAAGAAAGAGGAAGAGGAGAAAAAACGACAAGAUAAAGGAGCACUGUUAAAGUAUUUAGGAGGAGGCACUGACUCAGCCCAGGGGCAAUCCACCUCCUCAGGAGCAGCCAAGGCUGAUGAAUCAGGUCCAUCUCUGUCCUCUGCUCCAUCCACUGUGCCCACUGUCCUCUCUGCAACCUCAGCUGUACCUGGUCCAUCUCUAUCCUCUGCUCCAUCCACUGUGCCCACUGUGUCUUCUGUAACCUCAGCUGUACCUGGUCCUUCAUCUUUGGUCAUCAAGAUUGAUGUGUCUUCUUCAGCAUCCAGUUUGGAGCAGGGAUCAGCAGCUCUGCCAGUUGACCCAGCUGAGUGUCCCUCUUUCUCGUCAGACUCGGAAAGGACUGAACAGGUAUUAAGAGAGCCACUGCCUAUAGAGGACACAUUCAUACUCCCAAGAAGACACGAUGGCCGAAGCUUCCACCAUCAUUACACAUACAGACACCUUGUAAAUGGGGAAAAAGUAAAGCGGAGCUGGCUCACAUAUUCAAGAAGUAAAGAUGCGGUCUAUUGCUUUUGCUGCAAAUUAUUCUCGAAAAAGUCCAUAAAACUGGCAACUGAGGGACAGCAGGAUUGGGUCAACAUAGGUGCACUGUUGAAACAGCAUGAAAACAGUGGAGAUCACUGUAGCAACAUGGUUAAAUGGAAGGAAUUUGCCUUGCGUCUUUCAAAGGGGAAAACUAUUGAUGAAACAGAAAUGGGCCUCUUAGAGGCAGAAAAGAAUCGCUGGAGAGAUGUCUUCACACGUUUAAUCAGCAUUAUCCAGUCAUUGGCAGAAAGGAACCUGGCACUCAGGGGAUCUGUUGACACAUUACAUCAGGCCAACAAUGGGAACUUUCUAAAAGAAGUGGAACUCAUGGCUAAAUUUGAUCCAGUGUUGAAAGAUCACGUGAGACGAAUUGACAGUGGAGCUGAGCAUAUCACAUAUUUGGGGAAAACAAUUCUUCAAUACUGGACACAAUGGUGUCAGAAAUCAAGGAUUCUAAAUAUUGUGCGAUAAUAUUGGAUUGCACCCCAGAUGUAAGUCAUCAAGAACAGAUGUCUGUUGUUGUCCGCACUCUAAGUCUUGGCAAAACACCAGAGAUAAAGGAACACUUCUUGGGCUUUCUUGUAGCUCCUGAAUCUACAGGUCAAGGCUUGUCUGAACUAAUUCUUCAGAGGCUUGAAGAAUUGAACAUCUCCUUUGAGGACUGUAGGGGACAAUCAUAUGACAACGGUGCAAACAUGAAAGGUGCAAAUAAAGGUGUGCAGGCUAGGCUUUUAAAAAAAAAUCCACAUGCUUUUUAUGUGCCUUGUGAACACUGUAGCAGUGCUGAAGCAGAAGAGGUUGUGAACCACAAAAAGGCACUUUGCCUAUGAGAUGCCUGAUGAGCCACAAGCUGGUGCAAUGAAGAGGCUGGAAGUGUCCUUUUUUAAUGCUGUAGUAGACUGUAGCAUCCGGUCUUUAGAGGACCGCUUUCAGUCCCUAGGGGAAGUCAGAAGCCAUUUUGGAGUGCUUCUCAACUUUGGCCAGCUUGAUGCACAGACAAGGAGGUGUAAACUUCUUGGAGACAAACUCACCUUAGGGGAACAGGCUGAUAUUGAUGGGAGUGAACUGGCUACAGAGAUGGAGAACCUUCCAGAACUCCCCAAAGCACAGAUCACCCCAUUUGAGCUGCUCACUUACCUCUCUCAAAAUGAGAUCUGUGAGUUGUACCCAAAUCUUUGGGUAGCUCUACUGAUAGCCUGCACUCUCCCUGUCACUGUUGCGUCUGCAGAACGGAGCUUUUCCAAACUCAAGUUAAUCAAGAACUACUUGAGAUCAUCCAUGGCACAAGAAAGACUGAGUGGACUGGCAGUGAUGAGUAUAAACAACAAAGUUGGCCAUCAGAUUUCUUACAGUGAUGUCAUAAAUGACUUUGCCUCCAGAAAAGCCAGGAUCACAGGUUCUAAGCAGUGGAUGGAGUAUUGAGGAAGAAUAUAGAGUAACAUAAAAAACAGAAGUUUGGAUUGCUGUAGUUUAUUUAGAAAUUUUCUCCCCAUUUUUACCAAAGCUUUUGCACAUUUUUUACAUAGUUUUCAGACGUAAUUAUUUAACUUUAUAUUUUAUUUAUAAACCAUUUGUGUUAGCUUGUACCUAGUAUUUGUCAGAUUUUUUAAAAUUUAUUUUAUGUAAUACUGUCUGUUUUUGUACAUUUGGUGUUGCAGUUUAUUUAAAAAAAAAAAUAAUAAAGCAGAUUGUGUUUACAGUAAACGAUUAGUCUAUUUUGUUACUUUUAAUUGGCCUAGAUGACAUUUGGUAUCCCACUUAGUACUAUAUCACUUUGAAUAUUAAGUGUUAAUCAA